AUGUGGGAGGGAAGAAAGAAUCGAAGGAUAACAACCCUUCACUACAAUACCAACACCAACACAACCCUCUCCCGCAAUACAACCCUCCACCCCCAUCCCAUUACACCCUUUCACCGCUACCACAAUACAACCCUCUACCGAGCUCACACCACAACCCUCUACCGAGCUCACACCACAACCCUCCGCAAUACCAACACAGCCCUCCGCACUACCAACACAACCCUCCGCAAUACCAACACAACCCUCCGCAAUACCGACACAACCCUCCGCAAUACCAACACAACCCUCCGCAAUACCGACACAGCCCUCCGCAAUACCGACACAACCCUCGGCAGUACCAACACCCUUAAGAGGAUCUGUCCGAGACCGACUGCGAGAUUUGUUUUGGGCACAUGA